AUGAAGGCCCAGGCUCCCGCCCCCGACACACUCUCCGCCGACCGUCCGCGCGACAGCUCCAUCACGGGCGUGCGCAGGGCGUUCGCGGGCGCGGUGGGCGGCGCCGUGGCCUUCACGCGGGGCGUACAUCCUUCCGCGGGCACCGGAGACGCCGGGAAGCGCGCGAAAGCGACGAACGGGGCGGCCGGCCCGUCGGAGGUGCCAGUGGACUAUCUCCUCCUGCACCGCCCGCUGGCGCUCCUGAGCCUGCUCAACCCCGGGACGGUCAAGUUCACGUCCGGAGCGAUCGCGGGCGCCGUCGGGAAGACGAUCACGGCGCCGUUCGACCGCCUGAAGCUCCUGAUGCAGGUCAAGGGCGGGCUCCAGGGCGGCGGCAUCGGCGCCGCGGCGGCGCGUGGCGGCCUUUUGGAGUCCUUCGUCGCGAUUGGAAAAGAGGAGGGGUUGCGGGGGUACUGGAAGGGCAAUUUCGCGCAGGUGGCGCGCGUGCUGCCGUACUCGGCCGCGCAGCUCUACUCGUACGACGUCUUCAAGGGCUGGGCGGGGGGCAACAGCCCCGAGGGUCUGACGAUUCCGAAGAAGCUGGCGGCGGGGGCGUGUGCGGGGAUGUUUUCCACGCUCGCGACGUACCCGCUGGACACGAUCCGGCUCCGCAUGGCCGUGGACCCCGCGAGCAAGAGCAUCCCGGGCGCGGUCCGCCUGAUCGCGAAGGACGGGGGAGUCGGCGGGUUCUACCGCGGCGUCGGGACGGCGCUGAUCGGGAUCGCGCCGUACAUGGCGCUCGAGCUCUGCGCGUUCGACACGCUCCCGCAGCAGAUCCCUGCGUUCGCGCGCGGGUUCUCGGCCGCGCUGAUCGCCACCUCGGUGUGCUACCCGAUGGACACCCUGCGUCGCCAGAUGCAGCUGACCGCCUCGGGGGGCAUCCGCGCGGCGUUCGCGGCGGCCGUGGGGAAGGAGGGCUUCCGCGCGCUGUACCGCGGCUUCGUGCCGAACGCCAUCAAGAACCUGCCGAACAAGGGCGUGCGCCUGGGGAUCUACGACGCUGUGAAGCGCGCGACGGUGGCGUCGCAGGCGGCGUACGAGGACGAGCAGGCCAAGUACUCCGCGGAGCAGGCGCGGAAGGCGCGGUUCUGA